UGUUCUGCAGUGCCCAGGUUGCAAUGGCGGACCACAUGAUGAUGUCGAUGAGCCACGGCGUGAAUGGGCUGCAGGGCUACCGGAUGGGGGUGAACGGCCUGCAGGGCCCUCCCCAACACGGCCAGCACAUGCUAAGGACGAUACCUGCCAAUCACCAGAUGAUGCAGUACGGAAACCCUAGCUUGGACGUCGGGAUGAGGCAACGGUCGGGCAUCAACGGACAGUUGGGGCACCACCAGGUGCCGAAUGCCAUGAUGUUCAAUAAUCCCAACCAGCAGCAGCAGCAGCAAUACAUGGGAUCCGUCGGCACUCAGCAGCUGAUGGCCAGCAUGCAUUUGCAGAAACUCAAUACCCAGUACCAGGGUCAUCCCCUCAUGGGCAUGAGCAACGGGCCCGUGGGGACAGGCGUGCAGCAGUACAGGGUGGGACCCGGCCAGCACCCUGGCAUGCAGCACAUGCCCUCUCCCGCUUUGACCUUGAACGUUAUGGACACGGAUCUCGUCGACGAAGAGGUUUUGACCUCCUUGGUCAUGGAACUGGGGUUGGACCGGAUUCAGGAGCUGCCGGAACUUUUCCUGGGACAGAACGAGUUUGACUUCAUUUCGGACUUUGUCAGCAAACAGCAGCCCAGCGCCAUCAGCUGUUGAGCGGCUGGAAGCGGGUGCUUCUCUCCCCCCCACCCCCAGCU